UUGAAAGGGAGGGAAUUUCUCACUAAAACAUGAAUAAAAUUCGACUUUGGUAAACAAGGUCCCCAGUGCAGUGAAUCUUAAGGUCGUUCAGUGUUUCAGAUUUGAGGAGUCUUUUGAAAGUGAAGGUUUUCGCAUAAUUGCAUUUUAUUGUGGAAUAUUUCGGCUAUUUUGGUGGUAAUGGGGAUGAUAACAAGGGUGAGAGGGAGGCUUAGGAGCUUCCAUAAUAUAUCUAAAAUUGACCCAGUCCAGCGCGACGAAAAAAUUGCUGAAACAGUUUGUUUAUUAUCAAUUCUUUUCCUGUUGCCAUAUUUCUCAAGGGGUCAUACGCCACUUUUACUGAGCCUCGGAGGAUGGUGUGUUGCAUCGUAUUCCUUUCUUGUUUUGCCAGUUUUAAUUUCCGCGAAUUACAAAUAUCAAGUGAGAUGGAUAAAGACAAUAGCAACUAAAUUACCCCAUAUGACAAGGAGAUACUAUCGUCCAGUUUAUAAUUUCAUCUUGAAGGUCUAUUCUCCAUUGGACAGAUGUGAAAAUGUCUUCAUGAAAAUGUCUAAUAUCUAUAAUAUGACGACGCAGUUGGUGUUUUUUCUCAUUUGUGACCGCGUCCUGCUUUGUGAUGUAAGUAGUAAAGUAUGCCCCCAAAAGAAGAUCACCGGUCUCUACACCCUCAUGUUCUACAACGUAAUAGCAUACUGUGUAUCCUAUAUAAAAGAACUAAUAGAAAAGGAAGAUUGGUCGGUAACAGUCAACAUCACGCAACAUAGCAACAUAAAACAUUUAGCGAUGUCAGCCACGAAAAUAGUUCUCGAAUGGACAAAAGCAGUUACCUUCAUCAUCACUGUUACCUUCAUGCUACUCGUAUUUGGCCUAGAACAAGGCUUGAAGCACUAUCACCCAACGGCGAUAUACACAUUCAUAACAUGGACAUAUUACAUGUGUACCGAAAAAGUAUUCGUAGAAAUGUUUCCACAUCUACUUACUCUCUUCAAAUUAAAAUAUUUCGAGGCCCUGGAGGCUCUAUAUGCACCUGUGAUCUUAAAAACUUACACUAUUCUCUUAUCUCUAUUCCUAGUGAUUGUUCUAGUGUUUCACGGUUUGAUGCGUUUCACAGUAGUAGCCUUUUAUCUAACAGUAUUCUUGAAGACGAAAGACAUGGUCCGAAACUGCUUGAGGAGUUUACAGAGGGAAAAGUCCGUCUUGAAUCAAUUUCGAGAUGCAACACUAGAAGAAAUUGAGAACUGUGAUGAUGUGUGUGCUGUAUGUUUGAGUCCUAUGGAGAGAGCUAGGAUAACUCCUUGUCAGCAUAUGUUCCACGCUAUUUGCCUAAGGCGUUGCUUGAGCAACUCCGAAAUAUGUCCUAUUUGCAAGAGGGAAUACACGUUUAUACAUUAGAUUUUGAACUAUCGAAGUAAGAGGCUGUUUUGUGCUGCUUUGUCAGCCCAUUUUCACUCAAGAGGGAUUACCACAAAUUGGUUUUCCGCAUAUCAGUUAAAAAUUUAGUUACCAUUCAUUUCACCUCUGGCACUCCUACGAUGACCAAACUUUGUACGGUGUACGAAGUUGUACAUUCACUUUAUUGUCUUUCUCUUUACGAAGCAGUUAAGUAGAGGGUAGCACUGUAUGACGGUCGAUUAGUUUUU